UUUCCCGCGGCUGUUCGCUAUUCGAACGGGUCGUGGCGACCGAGGCAGUUAAGGCGUGUAACGGUCGCCCGGCUCUGGCGCGACGAUGGCUGCCGUAGGGGCCGGAGGCUAUGCGCGGAACGAUGCGGCUGAGAAGCUGCCGUCUGUCAUGGCGGGAGUUCCGGCGCGGAGGGGCCAGUCCUCCCCUCCUCCCGCCCCACCGCUCUGCCUCCGGCGGAGGACGCGACUCUUGGCGGCGCCCGAGGACACGGUGCAGAACCGGGUAUCACUCGAGAAGGUGCUUGGCAUCACAGCUCAGAAUAGCAGUGGCCUAACCUGUGACCCUGGCACAGGCCACGUGGCCUACCUGGCAGGCUGUGUGGUGGUGGUUUUGGACCCCAAGGAGAACAAGCAGCGGCACAUUUUUAACACCGCCAGGAAGUCUCUGAGUGCUCUGGCCUUCUCCCCUGAUGGGAAGUACAUAGUGACAGGGGAGAAUGGGCACAGGCCUGCAGUGCGCAUCUGGGAUGUGGAGGAGAAAAGUCAAGUGGCGGAGAUGCUGGGUCACAAGUAUGGUGUGGUCUGUGUGGCCUUCUCACCCAACAUGAAGCACAUUGUGUCCAUGGGCUACCAGCAUGACAUGGUACUCAACGUCUGGGACUGGAAGAAAGACAUCGUGGUGGCCUCCAACAAGGUAUCUUGCAGAGUCAUUGCCCUCUCCUUCUCAGAAGACAGCAGCUAUUUUGUCACUGUUGGGAACCGGCAUGUGAGGUUCUGGUUCUUGGAAGUCUCCACUGAAACUAAGGUGACGGGCACGGUGCCCCUUGUAGGGCGCUCAGGCAUCCUGGGUGAGCUGCACAAUAACAUCUUUUGUGGUGUGGCCUGUGGUCGGGGCCAGAUGGCAGGCUAUACCUUCUGUGUGUCCUACUCGGGCCUCCUCUGCCAGUUCAACAAGAAGAGGGUACUAGAGAAGUGGAUCAACCUGAAGGUCUCUCUGUCUUCUUGCCUCUGUGUUAGCCAGGAGCUCAUCUUCUGUGGCUGCACAGACGGGAUAGUCCGCAUCUUCCAGGCCCACAGCCUGCACUACCUCACCAACCUGCCCAAGCCACACUACCUUGGGGUAGAUGUGUCCCAGGGCCUGGAGCCCAGCUUCCUCUUCCACAGGAAGGCAGAAGCAGUCUACCCAGACACAGUGGCCCUGACCUUCGACCCCAUCCACCAGUGGCUGUCCUGUGUGUAUAAGGAUCACAGCAUCUACAUUUGGGACGUCAAGGACAUCAACAAAGUGGGCAAGAUGUGGUCAGAGCUCUUCCACAGCUCUUACGUCUGGAACGUGGAGGUGUAUCCUGAGUGUGAAGAUCAGAGAGCUUGUUUGCCAUCAGGAUCUUUUCUGACUUGUUCCUCAGACAACACCAUUCGCUUCUGGAACUUAGAUAGCAGCCUCGAUUCUCACUGGCAGAAAAACGUCUUCAGCAAUACCCUACUGAAGGUAGUGUAUGUGGAGAAUGACAUCCAGCACCUGCAAGACACGUCACACUUCCCAGACCGGGGGAGUGAGAAUGGAACACCCAUGGACGUGAAAGCUGGGGUGCGAGUCAUGCAGGUCAGUCCUGAUGGCCAGCAUUUGGCUUCAGGCGACCGAAGUGGAAAUCUGAGGAUCCAUGAGCUGCACUUCAUGGAUGAGCUGGUCAAAGUGGAGGCCCAUGAUGCUGAGGUGUUAUGCCUGGAGUAUUCCAAGCCCGAGACAGGGUUGACCUUGCUGGCCUCGGCCAGUCGGGAUCGACUGAUCCACGUGCUGAAUGUGGAGAAGAACUACAACCUGGAGCAGACCCUGGAUGACCACUCCUCCUCCAUUACUGCCAUCAAGUUUGCUGGCAACAGAGAUAUCCAGAUGAUCAGCUGUGGAGCCGACAAGAGCAUCUACUUUCGCAGUGCUCAGCAGGGCUUGGAUGGACUGCAUUUUGUUCGUACCCACCACGUAGCAGAGAAAACCACCUUGUAUGACAUGGACAUCGACAUCACCCAGAAGUACGUGGCCGUGGCCUGCCAGGACCGCAAUGUGAGAGUCUACAACACUGUGAACGGGAAGCAGAAGAAGUGCUACAAGGGCUCCCAGGGUGACGAAGGGUCUCUGCUAAAGGUCCACGUGGACCCCUCUGGUACCUUCCUGGCCACAAGCUGCUCUGACAAAAGCAUCUCAGUGAUUGACUUUUACUCGGGCGAGUGCAUUGCCAAGAUGUUUGGCCAUUCAGAAAUCAUCACUGGCAUGAAGUUCACCUAUGACUGUCGUCACUUGAUCACAGUAUCCGGAGACAGCUGUGUGUUCAUCUGGCACCUGGGCCCCGAGAUCACCAACUGCAUGAAGCAGCACCUGCUAGAGAUCGACCACCGGGAGCAGCAGCAACAGCAGCAGCACACAAAGGAGAGAAAGUGGAGCAGCCACCCCAGGCAGGAGACGGUUCCAUCCAUGUCCGGCAAGAUUCGCUCCCUGAGCCCUGGAGAGCAGACAGAGGAUGAGCUAGAGGAAGAGUGUGAACCAGAAGAAAUGUUGAAGACACCAUCCAAAGAGAGCUUGGAUCCAGAUCCUCAGUGCCUGCUGACCAAUGGCAAGCUGCCACUCUGGGCAAAGCGACUGUUAGGAGACGAUGAUGUGGCAGAUGGCUCAGCCCUCCAUGCCAAGCGCAGCUACCAGCCACAUGGCCGCUGGGCUGAGCGGGCUGACCAGGAACCCCUCAAGACCAUUCUGGAUACCCAGGACCUGGACUGCUACUUUACCCCCAUGAAGCCUGAGAACCUGGAGAACUCUGUUCUGGAUACAGUGGAGCCGCAGAGCCUGGAGAGCCUUCUGAGCGAGGCAGAGAGUCCCCAGAAGGAUGGCUGUGGGCAUCCCUCCUUCCUGCCCCGACAGAGGGAGUCAUCUGAGGCCAAUGAGCUUGUUAUCUACGCCCUGCAGGCAGAAAUGACAGUCACAGGGACAGCCAGCAAGUACUGUGAAGAGGAGGCAGAGGCAGGGCCUGGAGACCAGCAGGGCAACUCCUACCUCAGAAUCUCCUCCGUCAGCCCAAAGGAUCAGAGCCUCCCUGAGGACUCAGAGGAGUUGGAGGCUGACUUGGAGUGCAGCUUCGCCACCAGCCAUUCCUCCCCACCACGGUCUGAUCCCGACCCUCAGUUUGCCUUGACGAUGCCCCUCACACCAGGAUGCUCAGGGACCACAGAAGAAGAGUUGUCGCGUUCUGAGGGGCUGAGCCUGCCCAGCAGCUCCCUGCCCCAGACCCCGGAGCAGGAGAAGUUCCUCCGCCACCACUUUGAGACACUGACUGAAACCCACCCUGAAGAGCUCUUCCAUGGGUCACUGAGAGAUGUGGAGGUCUCUGAGGACAAGGACUAUUACUUCAACCCUCGACUCAGCAUCUCAGCCCAGUUCCUCUCAAGCCUCCGGAAGACAUCCAGGUUCACCCACACCCUCCCUCACCGGCAGCCCCAGCACCCUGUGAAGUCUCUGGAGGUCAAGCCCACAGACCAAGGCGGAAGCCAGCCCAGAGCAGAGACCCUGAGAGCAGGUACUGGCUACGCCUCCCCAGAUGGGACCCACGUCCUCUCUGGGGAGAAGGCUGAGGAGACCCUGGAGGCCUGGUCGCCAUCUGCUUCCUUUACAGGCCUGGUACCUUGUACCCCUUCCUCCUCAGUGCUACCCACAGACAGGAAGCCUCCAGUGCCCACGUCUGUUCCCGCCCGAGGCCUGGCUCAGGGUGUCCAUGCUCCCUCGACCUGUUCCUACAUGGAAGCCACUGCCGGCUCCUGUGCCCAGAUGUCACGCAGCAUCUCCUUCGGGGACAGUGAGGACCCUGUUGUGGCUGAGCUGGCCACGCCCCUCCAUAGGCCAUCGUCCUUGGGGGAGCUGGCCUCCCUGGCUCAGGAGCUCCAGGCCGUCACCACCACAGCAACAUCCAAUCUGAACGGCGAGGGCCAAAAGCCUGCCUGGCACUCCUGUGGCAACCACGAGGCCCGGGCCAACCUGAGGCUCUCGCUGUCAAGUGUCUGUGACGGGCUCCUGCUGCCCUCACCCCCGCUGGAGCCACCCAUCAUGGGUGCCUGGUCCCAGGAACCCAUGGACUCCCAGCCCAGGGUCACAGUCACAGCUGCCAGCUUCCCAAUCCCUAGCCCUGUGGAUGUGUGCCCCCCAAGGCUCCCAGGCCCUGAGCCCCCCGACUCCCCUGCCCAUGCCAACAGCCUCCAGCCUCUGGAGGCCGGACCUGGUGUCCCUGGUCGCACUGCCUCCCUCCCGGAGCCCACCCCUGAGGCACUCGGUCUGACCCAGGGCAGCCCUGCACACUGGAGCAGACACCGAGUGCCGGCUGAGGUCCUGCCGCCAGCACCCCUCGAGCUGAGCAACGUGGAGAACAUCUUGCACCGGCUGCAGAGGGCCUUCCAAGAAGCCCUUGACCUUUACCAUGUGCUGGUCUCCAGCGGCCAGGCGGACUCCGAGCAGCAGAAGGCACAGACCAAGCUGGCCUCCGCCUUCCUGUGGAUCCGCAGCCAGCUGGAGGCCAAGGACUGGCCGGUCGGGACUGCUGUGGCCCCAGCCCAGGCCCUGCCCAGCCCAGGCGCCCCCUCCCCACCUACACUGUGCCCCCUGGCCAGCUCAGACUUGCGUGCCCUGCUGGAACACUACUCGGAGCUGCUGGUCCAGGCUGUGCGGAAGAAGGUGCGGGGGGAUUGA